AUGGGAGAGGCCUUUUUUCCCACGUCCACCAGCCUUCACCCCCUGACCGUCACCCACCAGUCCACGCCCCCUGGCCGUCACCCAUCAGCCCUCACCGUCAUCCACCAGCCCUCACCCCCUGACCGUCACCCGACAGCCCUCACCCCUUGGUCGUCACCCACCAGUCCUCACCCUCUGGCCGUCACUCACCAGUCCUCACCCCCUGGCCGUCACCCAUCAGCCUUCACCGUCAUCCACCGGUCCUCACCCCUGGUCGUCACCCACCAGUCCUCACCUCCUGGUCGUCACCCUGAGCCCUCACCGUCAUCCACCAGCUCUCACCCCUGGCCGUCACCCACCAGCCCUCACCCACCAGCCCUCACCCGCUGGUCGUCACCCACCAGUCCUCACCCCUGGUCGUCACCCACCAGCCCUUACCGUCACCCACCAGUCCUCACCCCUGGUCGUCACCCAUCAGCCCUUACUGUCACCCACCAGUCCUCACCCCUGGUCGUCACCCAUCAGCAUGGAGGUGAUGCCUGUUGA